UAAGCUUUCAAGUGAACUUCUGGCACUCCUGUUACACAGUAAGCAAAUGCAUUCAAUGAGACAUAACUCUAUAAAAUGCCAUAGGCUCCACAGGACGUUAGUCCCUUAAUCUUGAGUUUCUUCAGCGUGGUCACAUGCAGUUUAUAAAGUACAAUAUGAGGCGCUUCAGGCAAUUGUAGUGGAAAAAAUGUCAGACAAGCAAAAGAUAAACGUUUCUUACAUUGUAAACUCUUCUAUGGUUUAAGAUUGACUUUAUUCCACUUCCUAGCGUUCAAUCACAAAAAAACAAGGCAAUUGAAUAAAAUAGUACAUGAAGAAUACCGGGCAUCGUCAAACUCUAAUUGAUCCAACAAUGAUGAAUAAGACAAUGUACGGAUUUAAUUAAUCGCUAAUGAGCGAGGGCAGAAAGCAACCGGACAGACUGAGUGACUGUCAGUGCAAGAAUAUUGGGGGAACUUUUUAUUUGUAAAGAUCUAGAAGCAUAAACGAUACAAGAUAUCGCCAUCUUAUUCCCAUAUAAAACUUAAUAGUUUUUUUGUAAUAAUUCGCUGUUUAUCCGGAGCAUAUAUUCCCGGUCUAUUAGAUUCUGGACGAACGUAUUGGGCAGCGAAUCGUAAAGCAGAAAUCCAUAAAAAUGAGAGUGGAAUAACUUCGUAUUAACAGGUGGGCAUCAGAGCAGUUUUAGAAAAAUCGCCAAGCUAACCAGUCAGCUACGAGCUCCUAGUUUCACAAAAUGGUCUUGAUGCCUUUGAAUUGGAGGCACAUCGUAUGCUCCAUAAGUCUGCUCUUAUCCACAAUGGCAUCAGUCAUUUACAGUCUUUAGAAAGCAAAUGAAGAAAGGGAUUCCGAUCUAUAUCACUUCGCAUUGCAAAUCCUUGAUCGGCGUGGACGUGUGUUUGACUUCUCCAUCUGAUCACUUCGAGCUCCUUUACAGGCCGGUCACGUCUCUUUAAAGGGGCUUGUAGACAUGCGUGCUGUUGGAAUUGGAAGCCCCGAGAGCUGUCCAAGUGCUGAAAUGCAGCCGCUACAUUAAAGCUCCCAUAGCUCCAGUGGCUGGCCCGCUCUCCCACUUGAGCCGCCCUCCAGCCCCUCACCUCCCCCACCCCUCUGAACCCCUGGAACACCGAAUAUGGUGCUGUCGCUUCCCGGGAGGUGAGCAGAAGCUGAACCGCUUCCCUUAACAUGAAGUUUGAUUCCUCCCGUUCCCUGACGUCGUGUUUACGGAGGGGCUUUGGGAAAAGAUGCCAUUCUGACGCUCUUCACUCCCCGCAGCAGCAGCGCGAUCUCCAAGUCUCUUACCACACGAUGAUACUGAGGACUGAUGUCCUGCAUUGUUCCCUCUCCGCCUGCAUCAGCCCAGUUCCAUCUGCCGACAGUUUGGGUGGAAAGCGUUGGAUCUGACUUUCCUACACGAUCUGCCGAUUAUUUUUUUAGGAAGGGGUGGGGUGGGGUGGGGAGGGACGUUAUUUCCAGAACACUGCCCUCGAUACCAGACAGACAGAGAGAUAAGAGUUUGGCGGAAUGAAUCGACCAGUUGUGAAAAUCCUGACAACGGUGUUUGCGUGCAUCUUAGAAACAAGCAACUUCAGGUUAGCCCUCUCCAAGGAACAUGAUUCCAGGUCUUCAACCAAACCGGCCUCGCAGACGAUGUCCCCCUCAGAUUUCCUGGACAAACUGAUGGGAAGGACGUCAGGAUACGACGCCCGAAUCAGACCGAAUUUUAAAGGUCCUCCAGUAAACGUUACAUGCAAUAUUUUUAUCAACAGUUUCGGCUCUGUCACGGAAACCACGAUGGACUACAGGGUGAACAUAUUCCUGCGACAAGCAUGGAAUGAUCCACGAUUAGCCUACAGCGAAUAUCCAGACGAUUCCUUAGACUUGGAUCCUUCCAUGUUGGAUUCCAUCUGGAAGCCUGAUUUGUUCUUUGCUAAUGAAAAGGGGGCUAACUUUCAUGAAGUGACGACAGAUAAUAAACUACUUCGUAUUUUUAAAAAUGGAAAUGUUUUGUACAGUAUCAGGCUGACGUUAACAUUAUCUUGCCCAAUGGACCUGAAAAAUUUUCCAAUGGAUGUGCAAACAUGCGCGAUGCAGUUGGAGAGCUUUGGAUACACAAUGAACGAUCUGAUAUUCGAGUGGCUGGAACAAGGAGCGGUGCAGGUUGCAGAUGGUCUGACCCUUCCACAGUUUCUUCUGAAGGAUGAGAAGGAGCUAGGAUAUUGCACAAAGCAUUAUAAUACAGGAAAAUUUACCUGCAUUGAAGUUAAGUUCCAUUUGGAAAGACAGAUGGGUUAUUAUCUAAUCCAGAUGUACAUUCCGAGUCUGCUGAUUGUCAUACUGUCCUGGGUCUCAUUCUGGAUUAACAUGGAUGCAGCUCCAGCGAGAGUAGCUUUGGGCAUCACAACAGUACUGACGAUGACUACACAGAGUUCUGGCUCACGAGCUUCACUUCCAAAGGUUUCAUAUGUCAAAGCCAUAGAUAUUUGGAUGGCGGUGUGUCUGCUCUUUGUGUUUUCUGCCUUGUUGGAGUAUGCUGGCGUAAACUUUGUGUCGCGCCAGCACAAAGAGUUUUUGCGCCUGAGAAGAAAACAGAGAAGACAAAAUAAGGAUGAAGAUUUGGUUCGGGAGAGUCGCUUUAACUUCAGUGGAUAUGGGGUGGGCCACUGCCUUCAAGUCAAGGAUGGCACUGCAGUCAAAACAGUAGCUCCAACUCCACCACCACAGCCCAAGGAUGCAGAAGCUGUCAGGAAGAAAUUCGUCGACAGAGCAAAAAGGAUUGACAUGAUAUCCCGUGCUGCCUUCCCUCUGGCAUUCCUCAUUUUUAACAUCUUUUACUGGAUUACAUACAAAAUUAUACGACACGAAGAUGUCCAUCAGCAGUAGUCAGUAGGCAGUACGCCCUACCAGAAGGCUUGUCCUCGCCUGGACUGUGCGUGACCAAGUAAUGCUAAAUUAUCUUUGUUGUUCACUGUCUCUCAAAAAGUGACUAACCCAGAAUGAAGAAAAGCUGAAUGUUUGCAUUCUGUUGGGACAGCAAUAGAAUGCAAAAUUUUGAAAUCCUGAAAAAGGGCGUACUGUACUGUAUUGUCUUUUGGGACAUCUUCUUCCAGUGUCUGCCCUUGACUGAGUUUUUUUUCUUUGUAAACUUCCCCAUUGCCAAUUAUGGAAGACUGAGGUAAAGAAACCCGUAUGCCAUGUUAGAGGACCGGGCUUUGUGGGGAGGGAGUGGGUGGGGGAGGGGAAGAAGAAGAAAGGGUCCAGGAGAAGAAAGCAAGUAAACAGUUGUUUCGUAUUUUUAAGGAGUGGUAAUUUUUAAUGGAUAUGCAAUGGCAACAAGAUAUCAUUUUUUUUCAAAGAUUGGUAUGUUUACAAUGGUUCCAGUACAAUGAAUCAAGAGCGGACCAAAAUUUUACAAGAAACCACUGCCUUUAUAUUAAAACAAUAUCCAACUGAGCUGCAUUCCAUUCCUUGUAGAUGUUAGUGGUUCACCAGCCUCAUUUUGUGCUUUGAAGAAUUCUUUCUACAUAUAUAUGUAUGAAAACAAAAUUAAUUCUUUGAUAUUCUAGUGGAACAUUUUAAUAUUUUUCACACCAGGAAGAAAGAACAUUAACCAUUGAAAUGAGGUAGUAAAAUGAUGUUUCAUGUCAUGUGAUUUAUUUUAAGGCACAUUAUCAGAUUGUAACCAUUUCUUAGUUUUUGAUUUGAAUUUUUAGGAAGGUGCCCACUGCUUUAAAAGAUUCUGUUGCUUGGUUCACCUGCAUUUCAAGGUACCAAACUGUAAAUUCCUUGUUGUGCAACUUGCACCAAUGUAUAAUUAAUAAGAUUGUUGUUUCCUUAAUGGUGUAGCUCAGUUUAUCAAUGUAUAGGUCUUAACGCUGUAGCUUUUUAUGUUAGUAUAGGAGAAACAAGUAGCGUUUAGAUUGGUUAUUGUGUCAAAGAAUAUUAAACUCUUCUAAUUUA